CACGGAAGUAGGUGCUGUCGGUCUCCUCCAUUCUUGCUUCAUGAUCCUAUCAGAAAGUAGGCGUCAGUUCACAGAACAGUGUCAUUGGGUUAAAGUUUGCCCCACCUUUGUUGCUCAUAAAUAAUAGCAACCUGAAUCUGGGCUAGCAUGUGGAUAGAGUAGAGAACAGCUCGUUUUCAGACACACUAGAGCAGUCAGGUUGCUGAAUACCUCUUUCGUUUGUUGAGUAAGCUAAACACUCAACGAAGCAGUAGCAUGUCGGUCGACAGCGUGUUUAGGACCCGCUCUCUCGGUGUGGCCGCCGAGGGUCUUCCUGACCAGUAUGCCGACGGCAAAGCAGCGAAAGUCUGGGAGCUGUACAUCGGAGACACGCAGAGUAGGACGCAGGAAUACAAAAGCUGGGUGGUGUCUUUGCUGAAAGAGCAAGGAGUGCAAAGAGUGCUGGAUGUAGCCUGCGGAACAGGAGUUGACUCCAUCAUGUUGGUGGAAGAGGGCUUUACAAUGGUGAGCGUGGAUGCCAGCGACAAAAUGCUCAAGUAUGCGCUGAAGUCAAGAUGGGAGAGAAGAAAAGAACAAGCUUUUGACCAGUGGGUGAUUGAAGAGGCCAACUGGUUGACGUUACCAGAGGAUAUUCAGAAACCAGGGCCUGGCUUUGAUGCUGUUAUCUGCCUCGGCAACUCAUUCGCCCACUUACCAGACUUUAAAGGGGACCAGAGUGAUCAAAAGUUGGCCCUUCAGAACAUUGCCAGUAUGGUUAGACCAGGUGGGAUCCUCAUCAUUGACCACCGUAAUUACGACUACAUCCUGGAGACCGGCCGGGCACCACAAGGCAAAAAUAUCUACUAUAAGAGUGAUCUAACUCAGGACAUCUCCACUUCGGUGCUGUGGGUUGACAAUAAGCCCCAUAUGAUCACUCUGGACUACACCAUCCACGUGCCUAAGGCCACCCUUCAAAAUCUUCCUGACGUCAGUAAAUUUCGUCUGUCCUACUACCCUCAUCGUCUGGAGAGCUUCAAAGCUUUACUGACCGAAGCCUUCAACAGCAAAAUGGAGCACAGCGUCUACGGAGAUUUCAAGACGUAUGUCCCUGGCCAGAACCAGGCCCCGUGCUACUUCAUCCAUGUCUGUAAGAAGACUGCCUAAGAGCAACCUGUUACACACACACACACACACACACACACACACACACACACACACACACACACACACACACACACACACAAACACAAACAAACAAGUGUUUAAGUCUGAACAUGCUCCUACUGUCCUCCAGAUUUGGGCAAAAUUCUAUUUGAAUAUGUUUUAAAACAAUAUUUCACUUUAGAUCUUUGUAAAAAAAAAAAUAGAAAAUAAGAAGAAGAAGAAAAGAAGCAUAUUGGCACCACAUCAUUUGUGUCCAGUGUUGGCAUAUUCAAGAAUGGUUAUGCCAGUAGCUGGCAUUAUUAUCAUUAUAUAAGAAAAUGUAUUAUCAGUGAUUUUUGCUAUGUUCUAGAAAGUUAUAAUUCAAACUUGCUAUUAGUUUUAUUUUUUAUUUCAUUUUGAUUCUGAUCUCUCUUUUUAACUUAAAACACAGUGCGUUCCUAAAACUCUAAAAAGGUCAAAGCUAGUUUGAAAAAUAUAUUCAAAAUUUAUCGGACCACUGUUUUGCCCAUAUCUGGUAUUUCCUAAUGUGCUGUGUGUAUAAUCUUGACCUCAUUUCGUCGUUGCUUUCCGCCUUUCUGAACUUCGAUAACCACAAUGAACAUGUUUUAACAUGGUGCUGUACAUUAGUGAUAUUUCUCAUGAUGGAACACUUGAUAUUAAUUGCCAGUAAUGUACGAAGUGCAAUUCCAGACAAUUGAAUUUUAAAAGUUUAGGGUCUUAAAAACACCCAUAAAGCAUCAGUGUUUUGUGAAUACGGUAGCCGUUCUUUUGCUUGUAUUUUUGAGCUCGAAAAGUGGAUCCCAUUCUGGUCUACUGCCUUUCUUUAAAUCUGGCAUAGCAUGAUGGCAGUUUUACUUCAUUAGCCUUACUGUUGUGGCUGUCGCCACAUGUUCAAUAGUAUUCUUUUUAAAGGCUUGGUUAACCUGUUUAGGGUAAACCAGUGGGACUGUCAAUCCAAUCAACAUUCCUUCACCAUAAAGUGUUCUUCUCACCAAAUUCCCUCCAACUCCAGAGCUACAUAACCUCUGACCUCUCUGAACCUGAAAAUGUCCACUAAAGACUGCUCUUGAGAAAACUGUUUCUAAUAUUUGAAUGUAAUUUGCGUUUUUUUGUAGCAAUUUAUAGCAUUGUUGUUUGGUUGGUUUCUAGGUUCUGUUAUUCCAUGGUACAAUUCAUUUACUUUAUUUGAGCUAAAAACAGCCUUUACAUGUUCCGAAAUGAAAGUCAGCCUUUUUUAGUCCUAUUGAGGAUUCAUCAAAAACUACUACCAGAAUCAUUUUAGGAAUACUCAUAGUCGUUGCUGUGUGUACUAAAACUGGUUAAAAAUCCAAACCGUUGCAUUACAGUAAUAGCAUAGAAAACCCAACCGUAUUUAAAAUUGUGUUCUCAACCAAAUAUAUUUCAAAAGUGUUAUUUUCUGCUCAAUCUUGGACUAUUUUUGCUUCAAAAGUGCAAGAAACCUGAUUGUUAUGCAUUGGUGCUGCACAGUACAUUGUCUCAAAUAAUUGAGUUUAGCCAAAUAAUGAGGGGAGCAUGAUGAAAGAAUAAUUUAUUUUUGCUUUUUUUAUCCAGGUUCAAAUACAUUUUGCUUCGACACCAAAUAAAAAAUGUGUUUUUCACUGAAAUGAGAAAGGUGCUCUACCAGAGAGAAAUCAAAUAUUAUCACUACCCCUGCUGUUUGCCUAAACAGGAGUGCACUGUGCAUUCAAAUGUUGUGCCAGUGCCUCUUGUAAAACUACAUUUACGGUACGCAGAAGUUUGUAAUUGACAUCAACAGUAGGUUCAGAAUGUGGUAAGAAUGGCUGGAUGUUUGAGUGGCCUUGAAAGUUUAUGUAGAGAUUUCACAACAGUCUUAUCAUGUUGCCAGAUCUUAAAAAUAAAGUGUAAACAUUUUAUAAUGAACAAGGAUUAUUGGAAUUAUUUUGCAUGAAAUAAAAAAUAUUUUAAGUAAGUAA